GCAGACGACACCGCCCCGCAGAGGCGCGCAAAAUCUACGUGCUCUCCCUGACGCGUAGAUACGCUGGGCUGUUGCGUAUCUACUCCGUCGCCUUCGACACCUGGUACUACAUCAAGAUAGAGUGCAUGUGACGACUGACCGAUAACGACUGGCCGCAAAGAAGAACACCUUGGGCUCAGUCAAGGCAGCUUAGUUUUCGCCAGUACGUCUUCGGCGUCCGCUCAACCAAUUUUCGACUUCAGCAGGUUUCGAAGCCACCAAAGCCCAGACUCGAAAUUCCAGCUGGUCCUCGCGCUGUGCCGGCUGGCAUUUCGAGCACGGAAAGACUCCCAGCGGCUCCGCACUUUCGUCAGCUCGAGUAUUAUGGUAGAGAGGUUCCCCGUGUCGGAAGAAAGCAUCUUUCGAACCGACCCGAGGCCCGUGCGGACGGCGGCCUGGCAGGAGUCCCUGGCUGUCUCCAUACCAUUGCCCCUGCCUUCUUACCGCAAAAAUUCCUAACAAACGUCUUCCCCGGCGGGCAUUAGUGACAGCCCCUGUGAACUUCGCUGCAUUCCGUCAGCUCUUCUUCCGGUCGACCAGAAGAAGUUCGCGCCUUUGCCGCCAUGAACGCAAAUAGCCAACAGCUACAGCUUGGCUUGGCCGCCAAGCUGACUUGUGCUGGUUCGGCUGCCUGCAUAGCAGACGCCAUUACUUUCCCCCUAGAUGUGGCCAAGGUGCGGUUGCAGAUCCAGGGCGAGGGCACGACUGGCGGAAGUCGGUCGAGCCUCAAGUACCGUGGCGUGCUGGGCACCGUGUUGACCAUCGCGCGCCAGGAAGGACCCACCCGGCUGUAUGGAGGUCUCGGCCCUGGACUACAGAGGCAGUUCUGCUUCGCCACCGUGCGCAUCGGAUUCUACGACACCGUCAAGGAAUCGUACAGCAUGGCCAUCCUUGGUCACAACAAGGGCGGCAACUCUGCGUCCGUGUUGGGCGUCCGCAUCUUGGCCGCCGUCACCACGGGCGCGCUGGCCGUGGGGAUGGCGCAGCCCACCGACGUCGUCAAGGUGCGCAUGCAGGCGCAGUCCGGCACGGCGCCCCGCCGGUACCGCAACUCCUUCCAGGCGUACCGCACCAUCGGCCGAGAAGAGGGCAUGCGAGGACUCUACAAGGGCAUGCUUCCCAACAUCGCGCGCAACAGCAUCGUCAACGCGGCCGAGCUGGUUUGCUACGACAGCGUCAAGGAGGCCAUCCUGUCCCGGGGCCUGCUGGGGGACAACAUUUCGUGUCACUUUGUGGCCGCCUUCGGAGCGGGCUUCUGUGCUACCGUGGUGGCCUCGCCCGUGGACGUGGUCAAGACGCGAUACAUGAACGCCGGCGCGGGACUCUACUCGGGCGCCAUCGAGUGCGCCGUGCGCAUGUUCCACGAGGGUGGACUCUUUGCCUUCUACAAAGGGUUCAUGCCCUCGUUCGUCCGGCUAGGUUCCUGGAACAUCUGCAUGUUCAUCACGUACGAGCAGCUGAAGCGACUGUUCCACCACUUGAACAGCGGUGACGGCUCGUCCAACUGCGUGAUCGUGGGCCAGGACAAGAUACAUCUCUCUCGCUAUUCGGUGCUGGCCGAGCCCAGCGCCGCCAUCAUCCUUUAACCCUGUACAUAUGACAUAUACCUUCCCCACCUCACUCGUCAAGCAACUAGGCGAGAUAGACCGGAGUGCGCACUAUAGGCUGCCAUGCGGGCACAAUUAAGGUCGCCGCAGUGGCGGGUUUUAGUGAACAUUCGAUAGACGACGGCAAUUUCGAACCAAAAUUAUAAGUACAUACGAAAAUAACGGAACUGUACUUCAAAAACUAAACAGGCAUUUUUUAUAUCCUCAGAGUAAAAAAAAAACCGAGCAGGUCUACACACCCUAAAAGAAAGUCCCUCCUGACAACCCUACUGUGCUAUAAAUUAUUAGGAGCUAAAAAAACGCUUACUCUGACCUCACGGCGCACCAUAAUUAGUAGUAGGGCCUAGUCCGAUUCGCGGAGAUUACGAAUGGUUCGUACUGGUCAGUAUCAAGUCUUUAGGUGAUUCUAGCCCUCGGCAGCGAAAAAAAAAAGCUAUAGAACAGCAUUUCAACUGGCUUCACUCUUGUGGAAAGGUGUUCACGCUUUCUUUUUAACAAUUUACGAUAAGAUGUGCCUAUUCGAAUGUUGGCAGACGAACGUGAAGCUUUACAUUUUCACGUGAAACUUUGUCGACGAGGCCAGAAUGCUCAAGAAGGAAAAGAGAGACAUACUUUAUUAUUGAAAGGCAAACUGGUCUGCCAAGCUGCUCUUAAAAAAAAUUCACAUACUCUAUAGAAAGUCUGUAGACGGCUUUCCAGAAAAUCUAUAGAUUGUCUGUAGGCAGCCUGGGAACUUGUAGCAUUACACUUUAUUUUCCGACUUGUAUAGGCUACCUGCAAGUUCCCCACUAGCAAGACUGUGGACUCAAUAGAUAAAAAAAAGACUUGGUAACAAUUGAUGUAUACAAAGUGUCUGUAUUACCUAUACAGCUGAAAGUAAUCUAAAAUACCACAAAGCGGCAUACAAGUAGCCUAUAGACAACCCGCAUACUGCCUAGGUUGGUUUUUAUAGGGGGAGCGUGCGCUGGAUAUAAAUACCCUGCACAGGGGAACGAAUCGGGGAGGACAGAGAAGAAAGCUGACAAAUGAUUUUGAUGAUGAGGGAAGAAAGUUUCCGUAUAUAAAUAAACACGUAGGAGCGUGGCUUUCUCAAACCCGGGGCUCUAGUCCUGUGCCGUGCAAAUAGUGGAGAACAGUUACCGCAGCCGUUCUCGCUGCCGUGAUGUCACGCCAUGAUCCCAAAAUAACAGCUUCGAAUAAUGUUUUCCUGCCGAUGCGUGCUAGGCAAGAGGUCAGCGUCUGCCUCUCGCGUGCGAUGAGCAUGCGAUAGCAUUGCCGAAUUGCAUUCGCUUUCCGUAUACCAUUGCUUGUCGACUGUUACGCAACCUUACCACUUUGUUUGGAAAUCGACGGUAAAUAUAUG